UGUCUCUCUCCAACGAUCGGUGGCCAUGGCGGGGGGCGGCGGGGAGUGCCACGCGACGCAGGCGGUGGGCGCGGACGGCGAGAUGGACGCGGCCGCGAUGGAGCGGUUCGCCGCCGACUCGGGGCUCCCGGGGCGGGGCCUCUCCUACGCCGUCGUCUCCAUCCUCGGGCCCCAGGGCAGCGGGAAAAGCACCUUGCUCAACCAUCUCUUCGGGACGAACUUCAGGGAAAUGAAUGCCUUGAAAGGAAGGAAUCAGACCACUAAGGGCAUUUGGAUUGCCAAGGCUGUUGGCAUUGAGCCGUUUACUGUUGUGCUGGAUCUGGAGGGGACGGACGGGAGGGAAAGAGGGCAGGAUGACACUACUUUUGAAAAGCAGAGUGCUCUUUUUGCUCUUGCAGUUUCAGAUAUUGUAAUGAUAAAUCUGUGGUGCCAUGACAUAGGAAGAGAGCAUGCUGCAAACAGGCCUCUUUUGAGAACAGUAUUUCAGGUUUUGAUGUGUUUAUUCAGCCCUCGCAAAACGACACUGCUACUGGUUAUCCGUGACAAAACAAAGACUCCAUUAGAGUACCUAACGCAAGCUCUGAAGGAGGAUAUCCAGAAGAUAUGGGACUCUGUUCAGAAACCAGAAGUCUACAAGGAAACAUCGCUUAGUGAAUUUUUCAAUGUGGAGGUCACUGCUCUGUCUAGUUAUGAAGAGAAAGAGGAACUAUUUAAGGAGCAGGUUGGACAACUCAGGCAGAUGUUUCAUCACUCAAUUGCUCCAGGCGGUCUUGGAGCUGAUAGAAGAGGUGUGGUACCUGCUUCAGGUUUCUGUCUUAGUGCACUGCAGAUUUGGAGAGUAAUACGAGAAAAUAAGGACCUUAACCUUCCUGCUCACAAGGUCAUGGUUGCUACUGUUCGAUGUGAAGAGACUGCAAAUGAAAAGCUCAAACAUUUUAUGUCUGAUAAGGGUUGGUUGGAGUUAGAGGAAGCUGUAAAAUCUGGUCCAGUACCUAGCUUUGGAACGAAGCUCAGUGCUAUUCUCGAUUUUUAUCUAUCAGAGUAUGACACAGAAACCAUGUACUUUGAUGAAGGUGUAAGAGCUGCUAAGUGCCAACAUUUGGAAUCUUCAAUGCUAAAUCACACAUAUCCUGCUCUCGAGAUAGUGAUAGAAAACUUGCAUUUUGUGGUCCUCAACAAAUUCAAAAGUGACCUGGAACAAUCAUUAAGGAGCAGAGAGAGAUUUGCAGCAUCAGUUCGUCAGUGUGCUCAGGCUUCAAUGGCAGAAUUCGAUGCUGGACUUAGAGAUGCAACAGUUAAACAUGUGGAGUGGGAUGCUUCAAACAUUAGGAACAAACUGGAACAUCAUAUACAAGCUCAUGUAGCAUCUAUUAGGAACACAACGCUGGCUGAACUAAAAGUUAAAUAUGAGAAGAAGCUGUCAGACACACUUGCUGGGCCUGUACAAUCAAGACUGGAAACUGGCGAGAAAGACUCCUGGGCAUCUAUUAGGAGAGUAUAUAGGCGUGAGACUGAAAAUGCUGCUCUUGCAUUCUCAACUUCCCUUUCUGAGUUUGAGCUAGACCAGACAACUUCCAAUAAGAUGGUCUCAGACUUAAGGGAACAUGCAAGAAGUAUAGUGGAAAUGAAAGCUAGAGAAGAAGCCGGAAACGUUCUGUUGCAUAUGAAAGAAAGGUUUUCCACUGUGUUGAACCGUGAUAGGGAUUCGAUACCAAGGACAUGGACAGGAGAUGAAGAUAUCCGUUCAAUCACUAGAGAAGCACGUUUAGCGGCUUUAAGACUUCUGUCCGUAAUGGCAGCUGUACGGAUGGAUGAUAAACCAGACAAAAUAGACCGGGCUCUGAUUACUACUCUUUUAGAUGGCGGACCCCUUUCCCAGAAGAGGAGUGUCGAAUUCAAUUAUGAUCCACUUGCUUCAAUCACGUGGGAAGAGGUGUCACCAAAGGACACACUGAUUACACCAGUGCAGUGUAAAUCCAUCUGGAGGCAAUUCAAAGCAGAGACAGAGUGUGCUGUUGCACAAGCAAUAUCUAUGCAGGAAGCACAUAAGCGUAGCAAGAACUGGUUGCCGCCUGCAUGGACUAUUAUGCUCCUUGCAAUUCUAGGUUUCAAUGAAUUUAUGUUUCUUCUUAGGAACCCUUUAUACGUUCUGGGGCUCUUUGUUGCCUUCGUACUAUCAUAUGCUGCAUGGUUGCAGUAUGAUAUUACUGCUUAUUUUCGCCAUGGCACGCUACCUGCUCUUGUUACAAUUUUAUCAAGACUCCUCCUCACAAUCAUGGACAUCGUGACGGUGAUCGUCAACUUGAGCCACAGCCAGAAGCACUGCCCGCACCCGUCUCGCCGGCCUGUGCCUUCCCAUUCUCAAAGCUUCAGGAAUCAGACGCAGCCACAGGCUCGAGUGCAGUAUCAGUGUCCUGACUCCCCAUCCUCAUCUUCCUCUUCGGUGGACUCAAACAGUGGUGAUGAAUCUUGAAGAUUUCUCAAACAUCCCUGUGGAAGAAGCAGACCGGUACUUAGCUAGCCUUCAGGGGCCACUAGUUGAGGAAAAACUGUGUGAUGUGUAAAUGAACUGUAAGAUGUAAGGAUAACUUUGUGCCAGGUAAAACAAGAAGCAUAACCUUCAGCAGAGUUGAUGGUAGCAGAGAAGUAGACGGUGGUUCGUGUGUAAUUCCAACCCAAACAUGAACACAAGAUAGUCAAGAGAUUAGAAUACUGGACAAAGGGAUAUGAUGUAUGUACCUAUGUAAAUUCAUAUAGAAGUGAAUCUCUGUCACCAAGUGCAUGUUCAUAGCUUUAUACUAUGUGGCAAGCUUUUUUGUUAC